CCGUGAACGUUGCUGCGGUUGGUGUUGGUUGGUCGAUAGUGACUGGGUGAGGGAUCGCGCUCGCGACUUCUUGUUCCCGAACGACACAGGCGACGAACUUCGUUGGUGGUUUUACGAUCUACGAUCUGCUACGGUCAACCCGAUCGAGCACUUCAAGGCGUUGUUAUUUUAACCAAAUAAUAUAAAUGUUCAGUCGUGAGACGGUCGCCAAGAUGAAAGCAGCUGCCAAGUUCGUUGUCAUUUUCGUAGUGCUCUUCAGUGUCGUGUGCGGGUUUUCUGCAGCACAAAGCCAACUCAGACGGCAGUAUGAAACCAAUCGUCGAACAUCGGUAGGUGCCAUCCGUGAGCGAGAAGGACCAACCAAGGUCCUGCCAGUACGAGAGCCAGCCAGAGUCGCCCCUGCUGCAUCGGAAGAAAUUGAUCCGGAACUGUCAGAGAACUGUCCGGAGCCCAAUGGAUACUUUGCUGACGCUGAACAGUGCGACAAGUACUACGCUUGCCGUGACGGGCAGAUCACCGAGAAACUAUGUCCCGAUGGUAUGGUGUUCAACGAUUACGACAUUGAUCAGGAGAAGUGUGAUCUGCCGUUCAACAUCGAUUGCAGCAAACGACCAAAAUUCCAAACGCCUAUUCCUUCACAACACUGUCCCCGUUUGAAUGGAUAUUUUGCAAGCGAAACUGGUGCUUGCGACAAAUUCUUCUAUUGCGUGGAUGGAAAGUUCAACAUGAUAACCUGCCCUGCUGGUCUGGUAUUCAACCCUAAGACCGGAAUAUGCACCUGGCCCGAUGAGGCAGGUAAGAGUGGAUGCUCAUCGGAGGACGUGUUCAAAUUCACAUGCCCGAAAGUGAAUGAAUCCAUAGCAGUUACACAUCCCCGAUAUGCUGAUCCCGAGGACUGUCAGUUUUUCUACGUGUGCAUCAAUGGAGAAACUCCUCGUCGAAAUGGCUGCAAGCUUGGACAAGCAUUCGAUGACGCUGCCAAACAUUGCGAAUGGGCCCGUAAGGUUCCGGACUGUGAGGAUUGGUACAAAGAUAGGCUCACGGAUGCCCAACUGGAUGAGCUAGAGAAUCCUCCUACUACCAAGGCUCCUCCUUCCAAGGGACCAUCAAAGGUGUCACGUCGCCGGCCUUCCAAGCGACCAAAACUAGAAGAUGAUGAGUAAAAAAUUAUGCUGCCAAAUUCGAGAUUCUUCUCCUUCAAUACUCAUAAUUAAAUACUAUUCUCAAUAUCUUGAGGUUAAGACUAUCAGUACUGUAAUUUAUUGAUUUCUUUCACCUGUAGAAAAUAUACUCAAUAAAAUUAUAUUAUAUAGAUGUAAA